ACUAUUUUCUCUAAGCGACAUAACAUGACAAGGUCCUCCAUAUAAAAAGGGGGAGGGCAAGAGACCCAUUACCUCCUCCACAGGCUAUAUUGUACCUUUUUGUUCUUCCUCUUCCUCUCGCGGUCUAACUAUCUUACCGCCUUUUUGAAUCAUAUACAAAAUGAUGGACGCAGCAACUCCGGAUCCCUCUUCUGCGUUGACAUUCUCGUUGACUCCAAAUUUCUAUCGUUCGCCUUCAUCAUUACCUGUCGUCCUCCCCAAUCCAAAUAUUACCCUCUCCAGCUAUGAAGAGCAUCUCUUCCCAGAAGCCCUUCGUAACAUGCCCCUUUUAAUGAGAGUGCUCUGUGUUUUCACACUGGGGCGCCCCGAUCUUGAGGACGAUUGGAAGUUGCUGCAAUCUGACGAAGCAUUCGAAACCAUUCGGGCUAGGUCGUGUUCUAUCCUCGUCAAUACUAUCACCACUGCAAGUGUUCUUCUCGCUACAAGCGUUGCUUUCAUAACCACAGGUUCUCCUGUGCCAUUCUUUGAUUAUACAUCACCUGUUCCCUACCUCAUGCUCUUGAUGUCACUCAUGCUAUCCAUGAUCGCAAUUUCGACAUCUGGCCUGAGCAUGAUACGCUGGCAACACAUGGACUGGCAGUUGACUCAAGAACAACUCAAGCCAGGGGGCUACUUCGUCUGGUCCUACCUAUUGUCAAUAUUCACCCCCAUGUUAUUCAUUGGUUUGUCCUUCAAUUUUUUAAUAUUUGCAAUGUUAGUAACAGGAUUUUGCUCCCAAAGCAUGGUCUGCCGCACUGUCACCGCGCUCUGGCUGAUCACGUAUGUCGUCAAUGUGGGGAUGAUAUCAAUGGAAUUUCUGUGGAAGCAUGCGAAAAGUCAUAAAUCACGCUGAUCUACAUACAUUCCACCAGUUUUUUCCUUCUUGUUUUAACAGCACUGUACUGGCGCUUGUAGAUACACACCUUGUUACAGCCCUCCUGAUGUGGUGCACACAGCAUCCCGGGUACGACACUCCGGCAGAUACUGUGCACGAUUUUUUGGCAGAGGCGAGUUGUAGAUAAGUAUGUACGUAUUACAGUAUAUGGUAUAAAUCAGUCAGCUUCCGAAUCGCAGAACUCCCAUUGGAUCUUUGAC